AUGGGUCAGCAAGCAUCCAGGGUACCGGCCAAGAAACAGGUCCAAAACACCAAGACAACAGCGGAGAUACAGGCCAGAAAAGAAGAAGGUUACUUGGCGACAAAGUCACAAACAUCACCCAAGGAGUCGAAGGCACCCGACUUCAAGAACCCAGCACAGCUCGUCACUCUGUAUGCUUCUAAGAGUGCUAAUGACAAAAAGUUACUUGUUCACAAGGACUUCGUGUGCCGCUACUCUCCAGUUCUGAAUGCGGCAUUGAAUGGACUCUUUCUCGAAGGCGAAACCCAAAGUUAUAAACUUAGCACAACGGACGUUGUGCUAGACAUCCUUGUCCAAUGGUUGUACACACAAAAAAUUGAAGUCGAUCAAUUUGAGCCGCACCCGGUCAUUCAUCAUUACUAUGAUCUAGAGCCCUUAACGUGGGCUUGGAUCUUGGGCGAUGAGCUCAUCAUGCCUUCGUUCCAGAACGAAUGUAUGAAAGCGAUGAUAGCCAUCAAAAAGUACAAGUCUGUUAUUCUCCCAGACUGCUUUGCAAUUUGGAACGCGACUUCUGGAGGCAGUCCGCUACGGGUUGAUUUAGUACAUUGUGUUUUUCUUACGUGGGGAAUUGUCGACAAGAAGCUCGGGACGGAAGAAGGAAAGAUUACGUACUUUGAACCAAGUUUCAUACCACCAGAAAUGAUGGUAGCUAUGUUUGAGGAGGCGAGGUCUGUGAUAUCUGCUACUCAGGCCAGAAAACUCAAUCUAGAGACCUCUAUUGAGCAGUUCAAGGUCAGGGAAAGAAAAUGA